CAUGCAAAAUCCUAAAACUGAAAUAUGAUGUACUUUAUGUUUCAUCAAUUCCUAUUCCUUUUAGGUUGUUUCUAGACUGGACAUUUUAAAACAUGAUGGAAAACUUAAGUCAGUCGGGUACUGGCUCACUUGAGUCACACACUUGCUUUCUACUCUUUUUCUACACUGUGUUUAGACUAGAAGAUGAAUGAAAUAGUUAAUGUUGAAAUCCUCUGUAGGCCUAAAAUCUGAUCAUCUCCAGAGGAGUGGUUUAUUUGAAGAAUUUCAGUCAGUCUUUUUCAGUUCAUCACAGCACAGAAACAGCAUUAGUGAAGUUUACAAAUGAUCUUCUUAUGGAAUCUGACAGUGGACUCAUCUCUGUGCUUUUCCUGUUAGACCUCAGUGCAGGUAUCACUCACCACAUCAUUGACCAUAAUGUUUUACAGGUAUUAGAGGUUACGUGUUAAAGGUGUAAUUAUGUACUUCCACAGGAUUCGAUACUGGAACCAAUUCUAUUUUCAUUAAACAUGCUUCCCUUAGAAAGUAUCAUUCAAAGGCAUAACAUACAUUUUCAUUGUUAUGCAGAUGAUACUCAGUUUUAUCGAUCAAUGAAGCCAUACUACACAAAGCAAAUCAAUGAACUACAAAAAUGUCCUAAAUAUUUAAAGAUCUGGGUGACCUGUUUCCUGCUUCUGAAUUCAGAUGAAACCUAGGUUAUGAACUCAUCCCCAAAAAACUUAGAAACAUGGUGUCUAACUAGAUGCUUGCUCUGGAUGGCAUUACCUUGGUCUGCUGUAGCACUGUCAGUAACCAUGGAGUUGUUUCUGACCAGGAUGUGUAGGACUACUUUUGCGUUUGCACAAUGUCUCUAAGAUUAAAAACUUUUCUCGGGGUGAUGCUGAAACUAGUUCAUGAAUUUAUUUAUUUCUAGGCUGUACUUUUGUAAUUUACUAUUAUCAGGCUGUCCUAAAAAAAUCCUUGAAAGGCCUUCAGUUUAGCCAAAAUAUUGCAGUGAGAGUACUGACAGGACUAGAAAGAGAUAGCAUAUUUCUUCCAUAUUAGCCUCUUCAUUGGCUCUCUGUUAAAUCCUUCUCCUCACAUACAGGGUGUUGAAUGAUCAAUAAUCAUCUUAUCUUAAAGACCUCACGGCACCAUAUCACUCCAUCAGAGCACUUUGCUCUCAGAUUGCAGGUUUUCUUGUGAUUCCUCUGUAAUUAGAAGCAGAAUGGGAGGCAGACCCUUCAACUUUCUGUGGAACCAGCUCCCAAUUUGGAUUCAGGAGACAGACACCCUCACCACUUUUUAUAGAGUAGGCCUAAUACUUUCCUUUUUGAUAAAACAAAUAGUUAAGGCUGCAUCAGGUGACCCUGAUUCCUCCCUUAGUUAUGGUGCUGCUGGGGGCUUCCCAUGAUGCACUGUUUUUUCCUCACUCACCUCUUUUCACUCUGUGUAUGUUUAUAAAACACUUUGCAUUUAAUCAUUUGUCAUUAUUAAUUUCUGGCUCUCUUCCACAGUAUUGCCUGUACUGUCUCCUUUCCCUCAUCCCCAACAGGGUGAAGCAGAUUUCAACAGAUGAAAAGCCAUGCUUCCAUGGCUGGUUCUGCCUAUUCUUCCUGUUAAAAGCGAGUUUUUCCUUCCCACUGUUACCAAGUGCUUACUAAUAGUGGGUCAUCUGACUGCUGUGGUUUUCUCUGUAUUAUUGUAGGCUCUUUACCUUACAAUACAAAGCGCCUUGAUGCAAGUGUUGUGAUUUGCCACUAUUUAAAUAAAACUGACUUGAAUGAAAGUCCGCUUCUAAAUCAUAAAUUAUGAUUUAGAAGCAUAAAGCAGCCAAACAAUGUUAAUUUAAAAAAAGGUGAAGUGAAGAUGAAACAGCAGGAGGGUUAAAACAUUUGCAGAUCCCCAGAGUAAACAGUGUGACCCUUUUUAAAAGUGACUGAUGAACCCCUUGGAUCUGAAAACACUAUCACUGCUGGAAAAUUUUAAAACCUAAUGAAAAUGUUAACUUUGUGUUAUUUGGCUUAACAUAAGUAUGUCACAACAUAACCUCCAACGCUGAGAAAUAAUGCGCUUAAAGUUUUGAUUAAACAUCACUUGAUGCUUUUAUUUGUGAUGGUGAUAAACAACUUUGCAGAGACCAGUAAGUAGUGACAGGACUAAUUGCUGGCUGGCAUGGAUAAUUGUAGGUGCCUUUAUCUGGUCACAACAUAGCAGAAAACCUUUUGCAGCUGCUCAUUAAACAUUUUAAAUGUUUACCCCACACAUGUUGUGAGUCUUUGGUUGCCUAGGUGCGCGUGCACACAGAGCGUCUGAACAAAUGUCUGCCAAAAAUGCUAAACAGGUCUUGUUAUUGUCCAUUUGGAGGAAGAGGACUGUGGUUACCAUUAGUCUUGGGUAAUUUUGGUGAAUCGCUCUCUGCAGAAGUGGAGGUUAAAAUUGUAGAGUGAGUAAUGUCAUGAUAGAGCAGACAGGAAGAUGAGUGUGCUGCUUGCUGGACCCUUCGAUAGGAAAAAAACGUUCUCCUCUGUUGAUAUGCUCAAUUACCGGAGCAGUAAUGUGAUGGCACAAGUAAACAGCACACGCUUUAUUAGCUGAUGCUGAUUCAAUUUUUGCAGGCAUCUUAGAGAGAUAAGCCUCACAAAUAGAUUCAGAGACUGAAUUUCAUGAUUACAGUUACAGAGGACGACACUGGAGCCGUGAUUGUGCAGACUGCCCCUGGUAAAGUGGUGACACAUCGGGGUGGCUCCAUCACUUUGCCCUGCAGAUUCCAUCAUGAGCCGGAGAACGUCGAUCCUGCUCGCAUCAGGAUUAAAUGGACCAAAGUGACGGACACGCUGCAGUUCGAGGACGUCUUUGUAGCACUGGGAAAGCAGCAGCGUGUGUUUGGAUCGUAUCGUGGCCGUGUGUUUCUGGAGCAAGCAGGACCAGGCGACGCAUCGGUGAUCAUCCAAAAUGUCACGCUGGAGGACUAUGGACGCUACGAGUGUGAGGUCACUAACGACAUGGAAGACGAUACAGGAUUUGUCAACCUUGACUUAGAAGGAGUGGUCUUUCCCUACUAUCCCCGUGAGGGGCGCUACAAGCUCAACUACUACCAGGCUGAGGAUGCUUGCAAAAAGCAGGAUGCCAUUCUAGCUUCUCAUUCUCAACUGCACAAGGCAUGGCUGGAGGGACUAGACUGGUGUAAUGCUGGAUGGCUGGAGGACGGCUCAGUUCAGUACCCUAUCUCUCAUCCCAGGGACGAGUGCGGACGUAAGGACACCCCAGCUGGUGUUCGAAACUAUGGCUAUAGGCACAAAGAAGAUGAGCGUUAUGAUGCUUUCUGCUUCACUUCCAAGCUCAACGGCAAAGUGUAUUUCCUCAAGCGCUUCAAGAAGGUGAACUAUGCGGAGGCGAUUAAGGCGUGCAUUCGAGACGGUUCAGUGGCGGCCAAAGUGGGUCAGCUUUAUGCAGCGUGGAAGUUUCAACUCCUGGACCGCUGUGAAGCAGGCUGGCUUGAGGAUGGCAGCAUUCGGUACCCCAUAGUCAACCCCCGUUCUCGCUGUGGAGGAUCCCAGCCAGGAGUCCGAAACCUUGGCUUCCCUGAUAAAAAAUUCCGCCUCUACGGAGUCUACUGUUUUCGUGAAAACAAGGAUGAAGCAGUGGGUGGAACUGGGAAGACAAAAAGCACUAUAGAGAGUUUGACAAGGAGGAAGAGCAGCAACAGCAUCCCCGUGAACGCCACAAAGGUGAUUUAAAGUAGGAAGACUGAGAGCAGGAGGGGGAUGCAAUUUCGGAUUUGACUGUCGCCUAGCAGCCAGAUUUCAUUCAUCACAUUUUAAAAAAAGCAAAAAACACUCAGAGACAAGAUGCACUCAUUUGCAGAAUUGCCAGAGAGAAUAAAAAGGCUGUGUAAAAUUAAGGAUGACAUCUUUAUAAGGGUGGUUUUCCUUUCGUUUUGAGUCAUUCAGCUAUCACGAGUGACUGUUAGCACAUCUGUACCCGGAAAACUGCAAGAAUUAAUAGAGGCUUGAUCAUCACUCAGAUCAGAGAGUCUAACAUAAAUGAUCUUGUUUACAUGUGUGAGUGAAUCAUGCUUUGGACCCCGCUGUGAUCCUGAUGCCAGGGUGAAAAUAUUCAUUACUGAGAGAGAAAUGGGAUGAGCUGCAUGGCAGGCAGAAAAAAAAUAUCCAAGAUUCACAGUUUUUAUUGUACCUGCCUAUAUCUGAUUGGUUGCUUGGUGAGCAACCCUCUGCACAAUGUCAUUAAGACCUCACAAUCGCAUCCUCAGAGCUGAAGAACAAGUAGUAAAUGCUGAACUAGAAUAAUUGCACUUUAAACACAUAGUCCUUUAUUAAGGCAGCACCUUAACGAAAACCUAAGCAAGCAUGUAUUGUUUGGCUGCGAGUAGAUCACAGGGCUGAAUUAACAUGAACACAAGCUACAGUAAUUGCUGUUGACUGCACAGAGCCACCGAUUGCACUGUCAUUGCUACAUGCAGUGAUCUUUAUAACUGAGGAUGUUUGCAACUACUGAAUGAAUGGAUAUUCAAGAAGAAAAUAAAAGUUUUGGUUUGAA